GCCCCUAAACAUGCUAUUUUUCACAGCUUCCUUUAAUCACGGAUUUAUAUGUAAUAUUACGUCCGCUUAUGCAAGUAAGAUAGUAUAAAACAGUCAAAACAAAGUUGUCUCCCUUGUAAAUUAGAGUCACAUUUGUCAUAAAUCGGACCCGAAAACAAUAUUACAAUUUCUUUGAAAUUUGGACUUUUGCCACAUUUCAAAGACAAUAUGUGUAUGCGAGACCAAUCCUUGAAGCUUUCAGAAAGACCAUGAAAAAGAUGAAGCAAGAAUCUUAUUUUUUAUAAAGAUUGAGCAUUGCAGAGUAUAAGUUUGAAAUGGAAGGUCAGGGUAACUUUAAUACAAACUGUAACUACAUGUUUAAUUCAUAUGAUAGAAUCAGCCUAUCAGAUAUUGUAGAUUCAACAAGUGAGGACAAUCAGUCUGUGUUUGUAGCACAAAACCGCCAGUAUUCUGGGAAUCCAGUAUUUCCAACAAUGGACAUUGUUGGGUCUCGCGUUCAAGUUGGCAGACAGCACUCAGACUAUUUUGGUGUGAGCAAUUGUGCUAAUUUCAGCAGUUCAGGUGACACUGUUUCUGAGCAGGCAAGGAGAAUGAACCAACUAGAUUCAAGACCUACCAUACAAAAUAUUAGCAAUUCUUUUACACACCAAAGAAGCAGUGUACUGUCCAAUUCUGCUGAGAAAGACACUGCGAAUUCUUCAGAACACAAAAAGAGAAUUGAUGAACUUUCAAAUAUACACAAAAGAGUUAAUGUUUCUGUAGGCAUGCCAACAUUCAAUUCAGUGGCAAAUGUUGUUAAAAUAGAACAGGCAGAUGGUCAAGAAGACACAGGCAAUAACAGGGAAGCUAAAGAGGUUGCUGUUAAUGAUGUGUCAGAGAAGUCUGAUACUGAGUUUAAGAAUGAUUUUGUUAUGAAUAUUAAAGAAGAAGCAGUAACUGAUGAUGAAAAUGAUGGUACUGAGGGUCAUGAAGAAGAUAGAGAAAAUUUGUAUGAACAAUCUGAUGCAAGCACUGUCAUUGAAGAUGAGGAUGAAAUUACCAGUAAGUUACUAGAAGGAAAGACGAAGCAACCAAUAAAAAUACAAGGUAAAUCCAAUAAGAGUUCAAAAAAGAAACCAAGGAAGCAGAAAAUGCCAAAGCCAGUCUUGUCAAAGGACAAGAAAGAAUACACAUGUGAAACUUGCGCAAAAGUUGUACAGUCACAUCGUGCACUGGUCAAACAUAUGAACCUGCAUACAGAGAAUUAUAAGUGUAAAGAUUGUAAUAAAAUAUUUAACUCUGCUGUGUCACUUAAGAAUCAUUGCAAAGUGCAUGCUGGAUAUACUGGCAAUGAAGUGUGUAAAGUUUGUGACAAGACAUUUUAUGAUAAGAGUUCAUUAAAGAAGCACACCCUAUCAGUUCACAUGGGAAUCACAAACUUUCAAUGUGAAUACUGCCAAAUGUCAUUUUUUGCACGGAAGACUUAUGAUGAGCAUGUGCGUGUACAUACUGGAGAGAAACCAUUUAAAUGUUCGCUGUGUCCGAAGGCAUACAAACGUGUGGCAGACCUGAAUCAUCAUAUAAGGCUCCAUAAAGGUGAGGUAUCUCAUACAUGUGACAAGUGUGGUGAAGGUUUCCGUAGAGUUUCUGAAUUAAACCGUCACAUGAACUCGAGGCAUUCAGAUGAUGAUAUGUCGAAGACAUUCAUCAAUGUCAACAAAGAGAAAAAAUGUCAAUGGUGUGGUCUUGCUUUCAGCACAUUGAAAGCAUUAAAUGCACAUCUCAGUACUCACAAACUUGUUGAUGACAUGGUUCACAAGUUAGGAACUAAACCAGCUGUUCAACGCGAGCAUGGGAUCAGUGUUGAAAAAAAUAUAGCAUCUUUGAUACCAAAUAUUUCAAAUAAUUGGGCCAAUGUAUCUCUACCAAUGGUACCUAUGAAUUAUGGUAGUCAAGGAUUUCCUGGACAAGAAAUGCCCAUGAGUCAAGUAUUAGAUAUGACUUACAAGAGCAUGAAGCUGGCAGAACCAGAUAAACAGCUGAAAAGCAUUAAUCAAGGGAGUGAUGUAAGUGCAAGUAAAACAGAAGAAGAUAAACGUAAGAUAUAUGAAAAUGAAAAGUCUGCUAAGUCUAAUGAAAAAGAUUUUGAUGUUGAGUUUGAAAAUUCAAACAGCAGUAUUGGAAAUGAAGAAGAUUUAUCUAGUGAAGAUAUUUACACUGAUAAUGAAGGUGCUGAUUCAAGUAGUUCUUACAAUGACAACAAUGUUGAUGAUAUUCCUCAUGUUAAAUCAGAAAUUGAAGAUGAUUUCAUUGAUGAUGAUCCAGAAAUAGAAGUUGAUGAUUAUGAUGCUGAUACUGAUAUAGAAGAAUACAAUUAUGUCUUUCAUAAGAAAGAUGAUGUGAGCAGUGACAUCGCUCAGGGAAAGAUGAAAGAACUAAGUUUUGUUAAAAUCGAAGCUGUUGAUAUUGACUGUGAGGGAAAUCACAAUGCAAAAGAUAAUCUUGAAAAGGAUCCAGAUUUUAUACCUAAAGUUGAAAAGGUCAGCAAGAGGAAAGCUACGAAACCAAGAAAGAAAGUACAGAAAAAGAAAAAGGUCAAACAGUCAUCAGAAAUUUCUGAUACUGAUGAUGAAGAGACUGCAAAGUCUAAAAAAGAAACAAAAGCAACUGAGGAAGAUGAUUCAUUGGAUUUAGCUUCCUUAAAAUGCUUAUUAUGUGGUAAAACCUUUUCUAAGAAGGUGUCUUUAAAAAUACAUAUGAAUAUUCAUCGAGGAACAUUUGCCUGUAAACUUUGUGGAAAAUGUUUUGCAACGAAAAAUUCACUUAAAGUACACAUGGACAAUCAUGAGGGGCGGAGAUUAAAGAGUGCUGUUUGUAAAGUGUGUGAUAAAGUUUUCUACGAUGCUAGCUCAGUGAACAAGCAUGUAAAGACCGUUCAUAUGGACUAUAGACCGUAUUCCUGCACAGUGUGUGACCGAAGAUUUCCAGAGCAUAAAACACUGAAUGAACAUAUGAGGGUUCAUUCUGGAGAGAGACCUUUUGCAUGUGAGGUGUGUGGAAAAACAUAUAAACGAACAAGUGAACUGAAUUUUCACAUUCGCAAACAUAAUGGAGAGGUCAAUUUGAAUUGCCCUGAAUGUGGCAAGGGAUUCAUAAGAGUGGGGCAACUCCGUCAACAUAUGUUGUUAAAACAUGAUAAAGAACGUCCAUUUAGAUGCUUUAUAUGUCAGAAGACAUUUCCAACACCUGUCAUGUUAAAAGACCAUCGGAAAAUGCAUGUGAUUCUGAAGAAGCAUGUGUGUCAUAAAUGCGGACACAAAUUUAACUCGAAAUCAAAAUUAGACAAGCAUUUACGAAGAAAAACAGACUGUCAAACAGAUUGUGGGUCUACUGAAAAUGGAAUGUUUAUUUGUAAAUAUUGUAAUGAGGAGUUUCCUAAGAUCGAAGAAAGAUACUCCCAUAUGCGAGAGGCGCAUCAAACUGCCGAGCAGCGCAGGCAUGCAUGUGAAAUUUGCGGGAAAACGUUCCACAGAAAUCAAGCAUUGAAAAUUCAUUUAAAAAUACAUUACCAGGUGCGUGACUAUAAAUGUACAGUGUGUGGGGCUGCCUUUAUUCAGCGACAUCAUUUGACGCAACAUAUUGCGACACAUACAGGGUCACGACCAUACCAGUGCAAUGUUUGCUUUAAAAGUUUUGCACACAGUGCCACUCUUUAUAAUCACAUGAAGCACCAUUGAUGAUAAUUUCAGAUAUAACACCAUCUUUAUGAGAUACCAUACUAAGUUACUUUCAAAUGUUACAGGUUAUUUAUAAUACAAACGUAAAUUAUAAAGCAGGGGGAGAAAUUAACGUUACAUCUGUUAUUUAUAUUAAAAGUUAAUGGCUUUUUUAUACUUCAACUUAAAGUAUUAUCGUUAUGUUCUUAAUCAUUUCACCCUGUAAAUAAAUUUUUAGAAUGGUCUAUAUUAUAAAUAAGAUAUUAAUAUUUUAUAUGAUAUACACGUAUUAUGACUGGUCAAUGUUUUAUCAUUCAUUUAAACCAGUCUGUACUGUUCACAAAGUAUUACACCAGUCUGUAAAGAACACAAAGUCUUGGACCAAUCUAAAUUAUUGUGAAUAGUUUGUUCUGUAAAAAAGACGUUGAAGACACUCAAUAUAAUUUUCAAUUUUAGAUCAAUACUUUCUGAUGAUUAUUUGCUCCUUGAAGUAUUGACAUGCUGGUGUGUUCUUAUUGGUGCUUAAGCGGAAAAUCAAAUUGCACAUUUAUGUAAUGAAUCUGUUUUGUUAUAAACUUGACUUUGCAAAGAUUAGUUAGGCUUAUGAUAUACUAACUCUGGUGCUGGCAUAACACAGGUAAAAGGGUUAGCUUGCAACUUUUAGUUUGUUAACCAAUUGAGGUAUUCAUUUUAAAUGUCACCCAUGCAGUUGGGGUCAUACUUUUAGAUCUCUUUAUUACUUUUUAAUCCAAUAAGGCAGUCGAUUAUUACCUGCCAUCUACAAUAAACACCCGUAGUUAUCAUAAAUAAAAGGUGAUAAUUAACUGUCUAAUUGGAUGACAGUCACUAGCCUUUUGAUCUGGUAUAACCUCUGACACAGAACAGAUCAGAACUUAACAAAUCAAAGGAGAUGAAAACAUAAUAAUUAUAUUUGUUUAUAUUGGAUAUGUAUUGGAUUUUUUCAUCAUUUUGAUGCUAUAAACAUUUGUACAAUGUUUAAUGCAAAACAAAUCUAUUGUCAUUGAUAUUGGCACAUAGUUUCUUUUAGAACAUCAAUUAUAAUAAGUAUAUACACUUUGAUUUUACUAAUAUAAAAUCAAUUCAUUGAAUAUAAAAUCAGGAAUUUUAGCGAUUGGUAAUACAACAACUCUAUUUAAAUAUUUUCUUAGAUCUUUUUCAAUUAUGUUUCAAUUUUAUUAGAAAGAUUAAACUAACAAAAAAGGUCUACUUAAAUUAUAUGAAGAUAAAUUUCAAUUAGACAUAUUAUAUAUUUAGAGAAUAGCUUUCACAAAAUCGUUGCCAGUAUCGAUAAGAUCAUCAAAAUCGCUUUUGUUUAUUUUUCUAAGUUUGUCAAAUUCAAUCUACAUAAACAUUUAAUAUCAAUACAUGACUCAAAUU